GGAGCGCUCAGAAGACUGAGGAGCAUAGCAGUGAAUCUCUAGUGUUAUCACAAUGGCUGUGCUUUGGGUGUUGUCUUUGAGGAUGUUGUGGAUUUCAUGCCUGUUGAUCAGCAGUGUAACUUGUCUCCCUGCACGGAAAGACUACGGCAGUCCUUACCCCGGUGGCUUUGGCAGUCCUUACCCCGGUGGCUUUGGCAGUCCUUAUUCUGGUGGCUUUGGCAGUCCUUACCCCGGUGGCUUUGGCAGUCCUGCAGCCGCUGGCGUCUCCGGAAGUCCUGCAGCCGCUGGUGGUUUCGGUAGUCCUGCAGCCGCUGGAGGCUCCGGCAGUCCUGCAGCCGCUGCCGUUUUCGGCAGUCCUGCAGCCACUGGAGGCUCCGGCAGUCCUGCGCCCGUGGGUCCGAUGCACUGGUCUUCUGCCUCAAGCUUCCCAAGAGAGUUCCACACUGCAUUGGGAGCCAAUGUCGACCUAGAACCCACUGGGAAUGAUGCUAGUGGAGUUAUUUCUGCGUCUGGUAACGCAGGUGGAGGCUCGGUUGGCACUGGAUUGUCUUCCUCCAACUCCGGGUCCACAGGUGGUGAAGAUGGCUUUGUUGAGGAUGAACGCCCUCAGCCUGUGUUCAGUAACAUGUCAAACAUGGAACCAGUCUACACAUUCAGAUCUCGCUCGGGCUACCGGAAUGGAAGACGCCAUUUCUCCAAAACCCGCUACACUCCUGGAGAGAUGGUGUUUCCUCCUAGGCCGGUUGUCGAGCGCAUCCCUAACAAACCCGUCAACGCUUCACCCAAAGGCGGCCAGUGAGCAUCUUGAAAGAUCUUCAGAUUUAGUCAACUGGA